AUGUUGUCCUCUUUUGUCUGGCUUUCCCUCCUCGAUUCGGUUGUCGUCGCUUUUGCCACCCCAGGAAAGUUGCUGCUCAAUGGGAGUCUGGAGAAGCCGUUUGUAACCCCAAACAUCUCGGGUUUCUUUUCCUGGGAUAAUGACAGCUUGGCUGACUGGCAGAGUUUCGUGGGCAGGAGCCGGUAUGGAGCAGAGUCCCAAAGCAUCACGGUGAAAGCCCUACUCAUCGUGGCUUACUCCUUCAUCAUUGUCUUCUCCCUCUUCGGCAAUGUCCUGGUCUGUCACGUUGUCAUCAAGACCAAGCGCAUGCACUCUGCCACCAGCUUGUUCAUUAUGAACCUGGCUGUAGCUGAUAUCAUGAUCACCCUCCUCAACACGCCUUUCACACUGGUUCGUUUUGUGAACAGUACCUGGAUAUUUGGGAAAGGGAUGUGCCAUGUCAGUAGGUUUGUACAGUACUGCUCCCUCCACGUCUCUGCCUUGACCCUCACAGCCAUUGCCAUGGACAGGUACCAGGUUAUAAUGCACCCCCUGAAACCUCGCAUAUCUACUGCAAAAGGUGUUAUCUACAUCUCUGUAAUCUGGAUCAUGGCAACUUGUUUUUCUCUGCCACAUGCUAUCUACCAAAAACUCUUUAUUUUUGAAUACAGUGAGGAAGUUACCCGGUGCCUGUGUCUGCCGGAUUUCCCUGAGCCUGCUGACCUCUUUUGGCAGUAUCUCGACUUGACAACCUUCAUUCUGCUCUAUGUGCUGCCUCUUCUGAUCAUCUCUGCUGCCUACACCACGGUGGCCAAGAAGCUCUGGCUGCGCAACGUCAUUGGGGACGUCACCACUGAGCAGUACCUGGCCCUUCGCAGAAAGAAUAAGAAGACCAUAAAGAUGCUGCUACUUGUUGUCAUCCUCUUUGCAGUCUGCUGGUUCCCCUUGAAUUGCUAUGUCAUCCUCCUCUCCAGCCAGACCAUCCACACCAACAACGCCCUGUACUUUGCCUUUCAUUGGUUUGCCAUGAGCAGCACCUGCUACAAUCCCUUCAUCUACUGCUGGCUCAAUGACAGCUUCCGAUCCGAACUGAAGGCUUUGUUCAACAUCUGCAGAAAACCUCCUGAGCCCACAGAACAGACACUUCCCUUUGUGGUCACAUCCCACAGAUUGGCUUGGCCAGAAAAUGGCAACUUUAAGAGGUUGCAGGCUUCCCAUGUCCUUCCAUCGGCUUCCAACAUCCAGUCAGGAAAGACAGACAUCUCUGCAGUUGAGCCAAUAGUAGCUGUGAGCUAA